AUGGGAGACAUUGUUGUUGCGAAACCGAAGGAAGGAGGAGGCUCUUCUUCCACGAUAAAGUGUCCUAUGCUCACGACAACUAACUACACAGUCUGGGCAAUAAGGAUCAAGCUGUUGUUGAAGGUACACAAAGUUUGGGAUGCGAUAGAGAAUGAUUCAGAUGUCAGAGAGAAGAACGACAUGGCCACAGCCCUAAUAUUUCAGUCCAUACCCGAAGCACUUGUGCUGCAAGUAAGUGAUCUCGAUACGGCAAAGAAGGUUUGGGACUCGAUCAAAUCAAGGUACAUGGGAGCAGAUCGAGUUCGUGAAGCAAGACUACAGACAUUAAUACCGGAGUUCGAGAGAUUGAAGAUGAAAGAUAAUGACACCAUUGACGAUUUUGUUGGGAAGCUAGCGGAAAUCUCGUCAAAGUCAACCGCUCUAGGAGAAAACAUUGAAGAAUAUAAACUCGUAAAGAAAUUUCUAUCUAGCCUCCCAAGAAAGAAGUUCAUACACAUCGUUGCGUCAUUAGAGCAAGUCCUUGAUCUCAAAACCACAACCUUCGAAGAUAUCAUCGGUAGAUUGAAUGCUUAUGAAGACAGAGUGAAAGAAGAAGAAGAGGCAGAGGAAACACAGAGCAAACUCAUGUUGGCAAACAAUGAGUCUCAACCUACCUCGAACUCGUAUAAUCAGGGUUAUAACAACUAUAGAGGCCGUGGACGUGGUGGACACUACUAUAACCGCGAAAGAGGAUGA